AUGGCUAUAGACCUUGUUGAUGUUAUCUUAGAAAAAUGCUAUUGCAAUAACAAAUGCAAUAAGCCACUUCCUAUAUGUCAUCGCUUAUUGCUUGUAAUUUUAACUUUAGCUUCCUUUCAACUCAUAAUCAAUGCAGAAAGAAUCACUUCUUCAAAUUCAAUUGAUACAGAGGAAACAUUGUCCAUUCUAUUCAAUGACUUAAAAAAUGAAGGUCUCUUGAAGAAAACACAACAUAAAAUGGUUUUUGUCGCAACUGAACAGUCUUCUAAGGUUUUAACUGAUUACAACAAUGAAAUAGAAUAUGUUCCAUUAAAUGACAUUGAGAAACAAAACUCUGUCGUUGAUAACACCGUUGAUUUUAUCAUCACAACCAACUUUCCUGAAGCUUCUAGAUUCAUUGAGAGGGUUCUAAAAACUGAAGGUAUUGUAACAGUUCUUAUAAACAACAACAAUCCAACAACGUCGUUUUAUAAAUUACCCAAAAAUUACAAAAUUGUUUAUGUGAGACAGUUUGACUCUGUAGUGGUGGCAAUGAAGAAAUCUGCCACCGCUAUUAAUGUCAAACGGAACCAUGCUGCACCGCGAAAGCUCUUCGGUUAUGCAUCAGACGCAAAGAAAAUUGCAUUACAGAAUCUGGAAGAUGUUUUGUUAGAGCCACCAAGAGCUGCAUCGGGAAAAUCACGAAAGUAUUUGAAGCGAACAAGGUAUUUACCUGAUUUGAUGGGAGAUUCACUUGAAAGUUACACUCGCCGUGUUUUCAUCGACGUAGGGUUACCGGAGAAAGAAGGAGGAAGUGGAACAGAUUGGUUUUCAAAGAAUUAUCCAACUAGGAACAAGAAUUUCGAGAUGUAUAAGAUAGAGACAAGGGUGAUGACGGAGGAGGAGUCUUCAAGGAAAGAAGCGUCAUCGAAAAUUGGAAUGUCAGAUUGGUUGAAUAAGAAUGUUAAAGAGGAAGAGUAUGUUGUGAUGAAAGCUGAAGCCGAAGUUGUUGAAGAAAUGAUGAGAAGUAACAAUAUUGGUUUGGUUGAUGAACUUUUCUUGGAAUGCAAGCCACGACAUGGUUUUAAAAUUGAGAAUAAAAAUAGAAGGGCUUAUUGGGAGUGUUUGGCUUUGUAUGGCAAAUUAAGGGAUGAAGGUGUUGCAGUGCACCAAUGGUGGGGUUAA